AUGACUGGCACCAUCUUUCUCAGGGCUUUCAAAGUCCGCCUGGGCCAUCCUUCCCUGUCACCCAUAUAUGAAUCUGGACAGCAAGUAUUCCGAGGGGUCAAAUCCAUCCCCCACCCUGGCUACUCCCAUCCCGGCCACUCCAACGACCUCAUGCUCAUCAAACUGAACAGAAGAGUCCGCGUGACUCAGGACGUCAGGCCGGCCAACCUCUCUUCCUGUUGCCCGCCUGCCGGGACCACGUGCAUGGUAUCUGGCUGGGGAACAACCACCAGCCCCCAGAAUAACUUCCCCAAGGUUCUCCAGUGCUUGAACAUCACCGUGCUGAGUGACGAAAGGUGCAGGAAAGCCUACCCGGGCCAGAUCGACAACUCCAUGUUCUGCGCCGGGGACGAGGCGGGCCGAGACUCCUGCCAGGGUGAUUCCGGCGGGCCCGUGGUCUGCAAUGGCUACUUGCAGGGCCUCGUGUCCUGGGGAGACUACCCCUGUGCCCAGCCUGGCAGGCCCGGCGUCUACACCAAGCUCUGCGGUUUCACCAAUUGGAUCCACAAAACCAUCCAGUCCAACUGA